CGGCGGCGGCGGGGAAGAUGGCGGCGUCCUCCCUGGAGCAGAAGCUAUCCCGCCUGGAGGCGAAGCUGAAGCAGGAGAACCGCGAGGCCCGGCGGAGGAUCGACCUCAACCUGGAGAUCAGCCCGCAGCGGCCCAGGCCGAUUAUUGUGAUCACUCUAAGCCCUGCUCCUGCCCCGUCCCAACGAGCAGCUCUGCAACUCCCGCUGGCCAAUGAUGGGGGUAGCCGAUCGCCUUCCUCUGAGAGCUCUCCUCAGCAGCCCACCCCACCAGCUCGGCCCAGGCACAUGUUGGGGCUCGCGGCACCACUGUUCGUGCCGCGCAGCAUGGAGAGCAUAGAAAUUGACCAGAAGCUGCAGGAGAUCAUGAAGCAGACAGGAUACCUGACCAUCGGAGGCCAGAGGUACCAGGCAGAGAUCAAUGACCUGGAGAACCUGGGUGAGAUGGGCAGUGGCACAUGUGGCCAGGUCUGGAAGAUGCGCUUCAAGAAGACAGGCCACAUCCUUGCUGUCAAGCAAAUGCGCCGCUCUGGAAACAAGGAAGAGAACAAACGAAUUCUUAUGGAUCUGGAUGUGGUGCUCAAGAGCCAUGACUGUCCCUACAUUGUUCAGUGCUUUGGGACCUUCAUUACCAAUACAGAUGUCUUCAUUGCCAUGGAGCUUAUGGGCACCUGUGCCGAAAAGCUAAAGAAGAGGAUUCAAGGGCCUAUCCCAGAGCGGAUCUUAGGCAAGAUGACUGUGGCUAUUGUUAAGGCGCUCUACUACCUGAAGGAGAAGCAUGGUGUGAUCCACAGAGAUGUGAAGCCUUCCAACAUCCUGCUGGAUGAGCGGGGACAGAUCAAGCUCUGUGACUUUGGCAUCAGUGGGCGUCUGGUAGACUCCAAGGCCAAGACAAGAAGCGCGGGCUGUGCGGCUUACAUGGCGCCUGAGCGGAUAGACCCUCCAGAUCCUACCAAGCCUGAUUAUGACAUCCGAGCAGAUGUGUGGAGCCUGGGAAUCUCACUGGUGGAGCUGGCGACUGGGCAGUUCCCCUACAAGAAUUGCAAGACUGACUUUGAGGUCCUCACCAAGGUCCUGCAGGAAGAGCCACCCCUUCUGCCCAGCAAUAUGGGCUUCUCGGUGGACUUUCAGUCCUUUGUUAAAGACUGCCUUACUAAAGAUCACAGGAAGAGACCAAAGUACAAUAAGCUACUUGAACACAGCUUCAUCAAACGAUACGAGAUGUUGGAAGUGGAUGUGGCAUCCUGGUUCAAGGAUGUCAUGGCGAAGACAGAGUCCCCCCGGACUAGCGGCAUCUUGAGCCAGCAUCACCUUCCCUUCUUCAGCUGCAGCAGGGGCGAUGCCACCCUGGCCCCAAGACGUACCAGUCUUCCACUCGCCUCCCCCCAUGCUGGCGGGCCAGAUGUCACAUGGAGCUGGGGAGGGAGUACGGAAACAUGGACAGCCACAGAGAGCUGAAGACAAAGUGGGGGCACUCCAGACCCGCCUGCCCUCACCCCCUGCCUUUCGGCUGAGGACAAACUGGCACCAGUUGGGCCUCCAGCUCCUUUCCUGGGGGAGAGCUGUACGCCCCCCUCCCCCUGACACUGUGAACAGAAGAUGGAAGACAGGUCCACCAUUAGACUCUAUUUAUUCAGUUGUAACCUCUGGGCUUGGGUGGGCUCCUGGAGGCCCAGGAGAGAGCUGCCUGAAUCCUUAUUCUCUUUGCCCUCUCUCCUGCCCACUCUUCUGGCUUGAGGAUUCAGUUUGCAAGCCACAAGGGCUGGGGUAGGGUGGCCUGGGAGGGAUUGCUUGCUGCUCUGUGGGUGUCACUCCCAAGGUUUUUGUCCCUGGGAAUGUGGGGGGGGGCAGGGAGGAGCACGUCUGGCCAGCUGGGGGUGGUCAGGUGGCCUGCAGUGGGUCAGUUUUUCUCUUGUUGAUCUCAGGGGGUCCUUUAUGGAGUUUAUUUUAUUUUAUUUGGGGGGAUAUGGUGGGGGUGGGGUGGGUUGAUUCUUACAUGGGGGUGUCGGUACCUUCAGAAACUUUAACCAAAGUCGUGUUUGGCUGCUUGUGGCAGUGGUUCAGCAGUGGCAGGUGGUGGGGACUCGUUUAAAUCUGUACUGUCAGCAGAAAGGGUAGAUAUGGGCAGAGAUUGUGGGUUCUGAUACCAGGGGUGUGGCAUCUCCUGAGGUGCACUGUGACCUUCAGUAGCCCGGUGGAGCAUGCCCCUUGCUUCCUCCCUCUCAUGCAUGCUCAUGAGGAACUUACCAGGGCCUGGCCCCCUCCCCAAUCAUCUAGCCCUGAGCCGGACCCUAAGGGUUGUUUUGUCCCAAACACGGAGGGAUCUGGUUCCCAGCUCUGGGGUGAGUUGAAGAUCUUAGAUGCCUGCUCUGGGAGUUCUAAACUCACCUUCUUCCUGGGGCCAGGGUUUGCAGAAGCUGUAGCCACCAGGGUCCAGGCAGCCAUAGGGGUUUGGCAUCCGCCAGUCAGAAGGCAGCAGACAUUGGUGUAGCAGAGACAUAGAAGGAAGGUGAACAGGGCUAGCAGGCAGGCCAGAAGGGGCUUGAAGGGAGGGAAGGAGACGGAGUGAAGGACAGCGCAGGUUGGGGCAGAGGGCUGAGGGUGCAGAAGAACUGGGAAAGCCACGGGGCCACCCGGGGGCGUAAGACGAAGCAAGACAGAGGUUGGUAAGAGAUGGUUUGAGGAUGUGAGAUGGGGACAGAGGUAGGGAGCGGAAGAGAAAUCUUAGAGUGGAUCAGGGCAUUUAGGAAGGGUGGGCAAGCCUAGUGGGAGAGGGUGAAGAGGAAGUGUGGAGGGCAGGAGAAGAGAGUGGUUACAGGUCCCUGGCCCCAGCAAGCCACCCAGGGCUUCCUUCAACUCAUCCCUUGAGCUGGCCCUCCAUUCUCCAGCUUCAUGGGUAAACUGAGGUCUAGUGCCUGUGCCUUCUGCCUCCUCACAGGACAGACCUUUGGGGCCCCUCCGUUCCCAAGGCUAGCAUGAGGGGGGCUGGCUGUCUUCCCACUCCUCACCAGGAAAGGAGACAGGGCAGGACCCUGGAGAGCAUCUAGGCUGAGUUUUUCAGGCCCCUCAGACAAAGAAGACAGGAGAUUAAUUGGUCCCCAUGGCUGCCUGGCCCACCUUGGCACUUGCCUUGGCAGGUCCCCAGAGAAAAGGCAAAUGCAGUUUUAUUGCAUUGUUUCUUAAUUAUUAUUAUUAUUGUUAUUAUUAUUAUUAUUAUUAUUAUUAUUUACAAUUGAUGCGUGAAUAGAGGUGGUUCUUGGCCACCCCCUGCAGCCCCACCUUGGCCUCUCCAGAGCCUUCAGGUGGUGGGCAGGCAGGUGGGCUGGGAAGGAGGGUGGAGGAAGAGGUAUUUCUUUUUUUCUUGGUGAUGCAUGCAGAUCAAAUGGCAAACACCACACACACACACACACACACACAGACACACACACACACACACACACCCCCUCUCCCACACACACACACCCCGCCCCCCCCCCCCCCCCCCCAAACACAGGAACCAAGGCCAAAGGUAAGGACAGCGCAGCUCGAUGGACUUCACUGGCUCAAUAUAGGCUUUAGCAUCUGUC